AUGGCUUCUUCUCAACCUACUCGAUGGGCUGCUCUCGCCCGCGAUACAAACGAGACUAAGAUUCAGCUUGCUCUUAACCUUGACGGCGGCGAUUUCCCUCCGGACACUGACUCCCGUCUUCUCAAUGAUGGAGAUAGCCAUGCUUCUCAGGCUAGCAAGUCGCAGAAGAUCGCUGUCAACACAGGAAUUGGCUUCCUCGACCAUAUGCUUCAUGCUCUAGCUAAGCAUGCUGGAUGGAGUCUUGCUCUGAACUGCAAGGGUGAUCUUCACAUUGAUGACCAUCACACUGCCGAAGAUGUUUGCAUCGCCCUUGGUUAUGCCUUCGCCCAAGCUCUCGGCACUCCUGCUGGUCUCGCCCGUUUCGGCUAUGCCUACGCUCCCCUUGACGAGGCCCUCUCGCGUGCGGUCAUCGAUCUUUCCAACCGUCCCUACAGUGUUGUUGACCUCGGUCUGAAGCGAGAGUGGCUUGGCCAGCUCAGCACCGAGAUGGUCCCUCAUUGUCUCCAGAGCUUUGCCCAGGGUGCUCGUGUUACGCUGCAUGUCCACUGUCUCCACGGUGACAAUGACCACCAUCGAGCCGAGAGUGCUUUCAAGGCUCUUGCUGUUGCUAUCAAGGCUGCUACCACAAGAAUACCUGGUAAAGAGGGUGAAGUGCCUAGCACCAAGGGUACUCUGAGUGCGUAA